UUGAUAUUUUAAAAGCAACAUCGCUGUAACUACAUACUCAUGCUACAUACAUAUGUCAGUGUGUUGUAUAAACAUAUAAAAUAAAUGCAUUUAUUGACUCCUUAUUACCAGAAAUCGCAGUUCUGUCACUCUACUCUUAUCAGUUUGAAUGGCCGCCAACGCACUUCCUGGAACUAUUUGAAGUCUACACGAAUCACGUGACAACUAAACAUUUCGAACUUCCGUUGUCGCAACUCUCUCUCUAUAUGGCUCUGGGUGAUAGGUGUGCUGCAGGUAAACGCGCGCGACAGUCACGUGACUUAACUGUCGCUACUUCCUAAGUUACUGUCACUAUGGUUACUGACAACAAGCCUGACGGGAUCCGAACUGUGCGCUGUUACCUUACAAACGGUGAGUGUAACACACACACACUGCUCUCUGUCGCGUUGUUUUGAUCGUGAAGACCCAUCGUUCACUGCAGCGCUGUUAAGAGGAACUGUAACACAUGGACGAGUCGUCAGGUGUGACAGACUUCCGGCUCUUCAUCAGAUGCUCUUCUCAAACACAAUGCUCGGUGUCCCCGGGGCUGUGUCCAGGGCUCAGUCGGUGUUAUUUGGAGGAGAGAGUGUUUCCUGUGCUUCUGCCCGGACUCGAGGCUCUGCUCGCGGAAGCACUGGAGCACCGCUGCGUCGAGAGGAGAAAGACGGCGUUUAAUGGCUGUGACUUCCUCACUGAAUGGCUGUACAAUAAAAACCCUGGGGCAGACCGAACACCUACACCUUUCCAUUCAAUUCCUUUCGUCCAGAGCUGGCUUCUUGAACAUCCAAGGCCGCCCAUCCCAGCGUCUCUACUUCUAACAGAUGAGCAAGCUGCUGUAUUGAUCCAGGCUUUCUGGAGGGGAUACAAGGUGCGUGUGCGUCCAGAUGUCCAAGAGUUAAGACAGUGGCAGAGAGAACUGCGGCAAGAAAAUUGUGACAUCAACAAAACAGUUCAAGACUUCUGGGCACGUCAGGAGAACAGAGUUUGGUCGGAGCUGGCUGAACUGGACGGCAGUGCUGACCAGCAUGUGGAGGCUGGGGUGUCCAUUGAGGUGGUUCCUCCUACACCUCAGAGCAGAGUCCUGUGUACACCAGCACCCCAGAGCGCCUCGGAGAGAAAAGAGCUGCUCAAGCCAAGCCUCUCUUCCCAGCGCACCACCACCUUACAUCAUGCCAACAACAUAGCAGAAUGAAGUAUUCACUGCUACGGCUCUAUUUCAGUUUCUCAAACCUGUCCUAGGGACCCCCAAAACAGCACAUUUUCUAUGUCUCUUUUUGUAUUCCCAGACAGCAAGCAGUUUCGGCCCAGAUCUGGCCCACAUCUGGCCCGCGUGAAAUCCAUGCGGAUCCGGAUCUGGGCCAAAACUGCUUGCUUUCAUUUCAGGUCUUUAGUCUUUGCUAAUGAGCUGAAGAGUUCAAUUGGGUGUGUUUGAUGGGGGAGACAUACAAAAUGUGCAGUUCUGGGGGGUCUGUAGGACAGGUCUGUGUAUUAAAGGAAUAGUUCACCCAAAGAUUUAACUUUGUUAAUAAUUUACUUGCUCUCUAGCUACUCGAGAUGUAGAUAAAGUUGUUGUUGUUCAUUGGAACAGAUUUGGAGAAAUUUAGCAUUACAUAAACCCUGUAAAAUGAGGUGAUUUAGAUAGUUAGAAAAAAACCUUGAAUCCUUUUAUUAGUUUGAAUAGAAAAAAGGCAAACACGGUCA